AUAUUUUCAAAUUUUAAGAAACACAGGAUAUUUCAGAUGUGGACCUAAAUUCCCAAAAAUUUUGGGGAAAAAAAAAAAAAGAAAAAGAAAAAUUCCAAAAAUAUUUUGAGGCCACGUCACACCUGAGCAUCCACCUUUGCUGUAUGGUCCCUGGUUAGUAAAUAGGGAACAGUAAGUGGAAAUAAGUUACAACCCUAUUCGUUCGUAUUCGUCGCACCCCCCAAACUUUAAUCCUUAAUCAUUUCCCUUUGCAUUCCCAUCUCUUUCUCAUGGGCUACACCACCAUUUUCAUUUCCUGUACAAACUCCAUCCACUCCUGACCCGACCCGUCAUGGACUUAAACGGCACGGCCCGGACUCGCUACAAGAAACCCUCUUCAACCCAGCGUUUCCUCGGCUCCUUCCCCUGCGCCUCCCCAGACAAGGCCACCGCCUCCACCACCAGCUCCUCCGCCCCCGCCGACGAGCUCAACGAGGACGAUGUCUUUUGGUCCGCUGACUUCUCAGCCGUUGAACCCAACCACCACCACAAUCCCAACCCCACUUCCACGUCUCCCUCCUCUACUCCUCGCCACCUCCACCAUAACCGUCAUAGCCACACCACCCUCAAUCACCACCACCUUCAUAAGGGCUUCGCUCAGCCGGAGAGCUUCGGAAUCCUCGCCGCCUUGCCGGAGAAUGAAACCUCCUCGCCGAAUCUCCGGAACAGUUCGCACUUCUACCACAAGGCUUCGGUCUCGUCGUCGUCUUCAUCGUCGUCUUCAUCGUCUCGGAUGAUUCCGGUGAUCCCGAAACCUCCUCAGGAGCGCAUAAAUCCUGCGCCUUCGUCUUCGGUGAAGUACCACCAGUCGGCGCCUCUGAACAUCCCGGUUCUGUCCCAGGCAAUAAGAAGACACCGCGACUUCUUUGUGGAGGAGAAGGACGAGGAGGACGGCGAGGCGGAGAUGUUGCCGCCUCACGAGAUUGUAGCGAGAGGGUCGGCCGCAGCGCAGUCGCCGAUGCUCGCCUGUUCAGUUCUGGAAGGCGUCGGCAGGACUUUGAAGGGCAGGGAUCUCCGCCAGGUCCGGAAUGCCGUCUGGCGCCAAACAGGUUUUCUUGAUUGAUUGAUUGAUUGUUUGUUUGUUUGUUUGAUUCAUUGAUGCAAGCCAUCUCUUUCACUUUUAUUCCUUCCUUCCUUUUCUUUCUUUCUUGGAAUCCCAAACCCAAAAAAGGAAAGAAAAAAAAAAAUUGUUCUUUCUUUUCCUUUCUUUCUUUCUUUCUAAUAUAUAUUUCUAUCUAUCUCUGAAACUAUUUAGUGUUCGAUUCUAUUAUUAACUUUAUUUUUAGGGUAUAAAAAUUAUUCGCAAUGAUGAAUCUCAUUUUAUUUUCUCUCGCUACGCUAGUCUGUUUAUGAGCCAGAUGAUUUGUAGUAAAAAUGAAUCGAAUUACGAAUUUAGCGCUUCCCAUUAGUUGGGAACUUGGGUUGAGAAAAAGGUAUAGGAUUGCUCAACUUGUGUGAGCUUAACAUUGAGCCCUUCUUGUCAUUUUCUUGUAUAAUUUUAAUACUUCCAAGCAAAUAAUACGACUUUUUUUUUUUCUUUUGUUUUUUGAAAUCAUACAGUUUUAAAUAAACACUGAAACUGCUGUACUUUUUUUUUUUUUCCUUUUUUUUUUAAUUUGAAGAAAAAGAAGGAAAGUCAUUUGAUGCCUCUAGUAACUUUGAAAACCAAACACCUGACAACAUUGUUUGUGAUGGAUUGAUUCCUUGGGAGUAUUUGUUAUUCCUGCAUUUUAGAAUCUUACACUUUGAUCUUAGAUCAGUUUUUGAAGUACCAUUAUCAUGAUAUAAUCGUCUUAUUUAAUUGCCAUAAUCAUAAGAAGUGGGCAUUCAAUCUAAAAGCUUCAGAUUUAGUAGGGAAAUGUUGUCUGUUUUCCGAUGAAGUGAUGAGGACAUUCAGGCAAGUGACACUUUAAUCUUUAAUAUGCAUGAAUGCCUUAACUUAAAUGGUUCUCUUCAUCAAUAAUGACCAUACAGAUAGUUCAUAUUGGUUUUUGACAACAGUAAUUCAUUUACCAUUUACCAUCCUAUCAUUUAAGUUACAAGAAAGACUGACCAUUUAAUGUCGAGCUGUUCAUUUUUUUAUCUCUUGCUGAUUAAUUUCUAGAUCAUAGGAUGAUUUUAACAACUAAGGGCUUCCUCCAACUAGAGCCGGAUCCUGGCAUCAAAUCUGCAUUUACUAAAAUCUAGGGGUUGAAUAUGGGGGAUUUCUGGAUUAAAUUAGUGGUGACUGGAUGGUAUCUUUUUUUCAACUACUUGGUGCUUGUUUCUGGUUUGGAACUCAUAUCCUGAUUUUCUGGACUAGAAUGACCACAUUAGAUACUAUUCAAGUGUACCAUGAAUCAAAUGGAAAGUUAUAUGCGGUUUUCUAAGGAAAUGCAAUGAUUUGAGUUCAGCUUUUAUAGGGUAAAGAGGUUCUGAGAGGGGUAGAAUUAUUUCAACUUUCAUUUUUUUAAGGUCUUCUUUCAUUCUGUAUCCACAUGAAGCAAACGAGUAAACCAAUGUGUUUGCACUACAUCAUUUUGUAUUUUGCUUUAGGUGGAUGCGUAGUUUUAUUCAUGCUCUCCCAAGUUGAUUCCAGCAUAUUAACAAACUUUUCAUGUCUCAUUCUAAAAGUUGAUGCAGGAAAAGCCUAUAAAUUAUAAUGGCUAUGUUUUACUGCUUUAAAUCUUAUAAUAUGCUUGAAAAAAAGGAUCAUUACAGACAGAACUUUCUCAUGUUAGUUAUGGUUUGUUUUGGAGAUGAUGAUGAGGUAGCUUUGCAGCGUGAUCCAUGUUGGUCAACCCGAAGUAUAGCAUUAUCUCUGUGUGUGGGAUUGUAGUUCUUUUCUUAGCUCUAUGCAGCUGUCAGGUGGGUUCUCUAUAAUACAUCCAAGUAUAGGUUGUGAUCGAAUGAAGUUGAUCAACUUACAUGCAACGUGGCCUCCAAAUAUGUAGAUUGAAUGUUUCGAAAAGCGAUAUAAUUGGUUAGGUAAUGCAUAUCACUGUCAAUUCAAGUUUAUGAUAUGCUAAAGCAAGAUUCACGUUUUAA